UCACAGUCCGGUAUACACGGCUAAGCGCCAUGCGAAAGAAUAUGAAGGAGUCUUUGACUGAGUUUGGAGCAAAUGAGACUGAGUGUGUGAAUGUACUACAAAAAAGAACGGAUUUUACUAAUCAAAGAUAGACCAUGGUCAUGGCUGAGAGAUCGAAGGGUCACGUUCGGGUGGGAUUUUACGAUAUUGAGAGGACUAUCGGAAAGGGGAACUUCGCGGUGGUCAAAUUGGGAAAACACCGUAUCACAAAAUCAGAGGUUGCCAUCAAAAUUAUCGAUAAGACGCAACUAGAUGAAAAUAAUUUACAGAAAAUUUACAGAGAAGUUCAAAUCAUGAAGCUGCUAAGUCAUCCUAAUAUUAUUAAACUUUACCAGGUUAUGGAAACAAAGAAUAUGCUAUAUUUGGUAUCAGAAUAUGCUCCGAAUGGUGAAAUUUUUGAUUACAUAGCCAGACAUGGACGAAUGACUGAACUAGAGGCACGAAAAAAGUUCUGGCAGAUUAUAUUAGCUGUGGAAUACUGUCAUAAUCAUCACGUUGUCCAUCGAGAUCUGAAGGCUGAGAAUCUCCUGUUAGAUGCUAAUAUGAAUAUUAAGAUAGCCGACUUUGGCUUCGGUAAUUUCUUCAAGACUGGUGAACAUCUAGCCACCUGGUGUGGGAGUCCCCCCUACGCAGCUCCAGAGGUUUUUGAGGGCAAGAAAUACCUUGGACCCCAGAUUGAUAUAUGGAGUCUGGGUGUGGUUUUAUAUGUGUUAGUGUGUGGGGCACUACCGUUUGAUGGCCACAAUCUACAAAUGUUAAGGGACCGUGUCCUGUCGGGUCGAUUCCGAAUUCCCUUCUUCAUGUCAACAGAGUGCGAAAGUCUCAUUCGUCGGAUGUUAGUACUUGAUCCCUCCAAACGCCUGACUAUUGGUCAGAUUAAGAAACACAAAUGGAUGUUAGCGGAUGGCGGGCCACCCAAGUUGCAGACACCUCCUAGUCCAAUAAUCGGGUAUAAUGCGAAGAUCGGCGAAUAUAAUGAGCAGAUUUUACGUCUUAUGCAAAGCCUGGGAAUAGACCAACACAAAACUAUGGAGGCAUUGAAAAGUGAUGCGUACGAUCAUUACACAGCAAUUUAUUACCUCCUCUUGGAACGCUUAAAACAGCAUCGGAGCAGUUUCCCACCGGAAAAUCGAAUAGAUCCGCGGAAACGCAGACCAAGCACCAUAGCAGAACAGGCAUUGCUCCACCACACACAGACUAGUCAAAUUGAUCAUACAACGGGUGGCAUGCAACGAACUCCACUAGUCAAUAUAAAACAGGGUAUGUUUAGUCACACGACUGACUGUACAAAUUCACCCAAUUUAAACUUUUUAAACGAUAUUGACGUUCCAACGCCUAGCGUGCCUGGGUGUUUGCAAGAAAUUGUCUCCACUGGAGCCAUCACAAAGACAACAUCCCCUAGUCCCCGUGCGACACACCUCAUUACAACGUCAAUAGAUGAGGGUGUCGAAGUGGAUAUCAUGGAUUCACCUGAUGAUAAUAAUUCGGCAUCUAAAGGCCAGUUUGUGCGCGAUGGUUUUGGCAUGGGACUUAUACCAAGCUGUGCAUUUGGUGACCUGUCACAAUUGAACACUAACGGUAAUAGUAGUAUUACAUCUAUAAGCACAGGGAUUGGCUCACCCUUUGCCAGUUUUGACUCCACAAUGGAGCCCGAUUUUAUGUCUAGUCUUUCAGAAGGUUCGCAACAGUCGACGGGAUCUGGUUCAUUAUCAGGCUGCCCUAGUUAUGCCACAGGUCAUCCAGAUCCUGUCAUAGGGGGCAAUAAUACUGGUGCUAUAGGUGAUUUAUAUCAGGACACUGCUAGCUCUGUAGAGGUUUCUGGUUCGGAGGAGUACUCGCAAGAUCGCAAUCAAACUCGCUCUCCUGUAAACUUCCGCGAGGGCCGACGUGCUAGUGAUGGAUUAGUGGCACAGGGAAUAUUCGCAUUUAGACAGCGACUUCAGAAUAGUAUGCGAGCAGAAGGUAUGAUAGAACUGCGAGAGGAGCACCAGAACCUGCAGAGUUUGUAUAGUGGGGUGCCCAGUACAGAGCAGGUAGUGGCUCUUCAGCAGCAGCACUCGGAGUACAUGGAGAAAAACUGUCGGCAGUGGUCACUAGAGGACAGUCAACAUGGCCAAGCCCCACGACCCCCUCGACCUCUGAUGAAAAGGAUGAGUUUGCCCUCAGAGACUUUCGACCUCCAGCCUCACAGGCUCCUUGCCAUUAAACAGAGCAUGCAAGUUGAGCGGGAGCUGGAUCGAGUCACCAGUAACGAGGAAUUGACACAGAAGGGGGCAGCACCACCACCGUUCUCGCAGCAAUAUGAUUACUCGAUGCAGAACAAGCCGCUACAGCAGCAGUUCUUGCAGCAUCGAUUGCAGCAGAAGCGACAGACACUGCAAAAACAGACUCAGCUUCAACAUCAGUUCCAACAAAUGCACAUUGUCCCUGGUGACCCAUCCUCAUUAUCAUCAGCCAAUCAAAUUCCGUACAUUGGUAAACCAAGACUCUCUAGCAAACAUGAUGAGUUGAAUCAUCUUAGUCGACCGCCAGUGAUUAGAAAGAUCUCUUACAAGUUGGCACAACAGCAGCCUGUUAUGCCCCCAAUGUCAGAUGUGGGCGAUGCACCAUGGCAACAAAAUAUGCUGCCACCUACGCAAGAAAACGAUGGACAAGAGGAAGGUGUGCAGGAGGGCGUCCCAAUGCAGAAUGUGUCAGUUGUCAUCCAGCAGCUGCAACAACAACAGCAACGGACCGUGUGUGUUCCUCCACUGUAUACGACGCAGCAACAACAACAACAGAAUCAACAGAUGCUGGACUACCAGCAAAAUCAUCAACAGCAAAUCAAUCAACAGCAACAACGACAACAACAACAACAACAGAAUCAGCAAACAAAUCAACAGCAGCAGUCGUCAGCGGGGCCAGUCACGCAUCAUUCGCCAGGCCGUAAAAAUGCAUUCAUACCACAGGGAGGUGAACUGGCUCUUCUUCAGCAACAAUAUGCACUGGAAAAACAACUACAGCAACAACAACAGCUUCCUAGCUUCACCUUUACAGGGGUUCCUAUAAACGAUGAAGUUUUGGUUGCAGACAUAAACAACUCUCACAUUUCACUCAACAUCGAGUCAAAUCAGCUGUCCCUUACACAGUUACCCUCCUCAUCACCUCACUCCUCGACAGAGUCUCUCAAACAGGGCUCUUGGGAUUCGCAGCAUCACAAUGGAGUUGUCUCCCCUCCUAGUCACUCAUCACAGGACACAGGCGUAGUCGUGUCACCAUAUUAUAUGGUCCCAGCCAUGGUGACCACCAUCGACGAACAAAUGGACGUAUCGUAGCCGUUGUGGUGUAUUGUGUGAAUGUGUCUUGUGAACAGUUUAACUUUAUGUGUAUUCACACAUCUUGCGCUGUGUGCUUAGUGAGAGUUUAAAAUAGGUUGUGUGCACAUAUACCAUGUAAGGGUGUGGAUGUAUGUGUUAAUAUGUUAUUAGUAUACACACCCGUGCUCAUGAGUACAUGUAUAACGUAUAAACGUUUCCAAGGUUUGCGUCUUUUAUCUUCAAAUUGCUACAGAUCAUGUUUUAAAAAUGUUUAAUACCCAGGUACUUAUCAUACUUAUUCUGUAUUGAGCCCAGGGUGCUAAUACAUAUAUAUGAUUCAAAGAGGAUCGACUUGUUUCAGGAGAGAGAAAUAGGAUCUGUAAGCAUUUAUAUAGCAUUUCUUAGCAUUUCACUGAUUUGCAAUAGAUAUGGAUGGUGUUAUUAGCAAGCAUGGGCUUAAAACUGGAUACUUAUUGUAUGUAAGAAUGGCCAGGCAUCAAAUGCCAUCUUAUCAUUUCAAUGACUUUGAGUUCAUAUCACUUUGUUUACCAUAAUAAGGGCUUGAAUUGUCAAAGAUACCAUGGUUUUCAAGCACAGUAGGAAAAGAGAGGUGGAAAAUUUUGUCCUGUUCAUAUUGGCAGGCCAUUUAUAUAAGCUUGAGUAUUUUGAAGAAAAUUGACCCAAACUAGAGUGUAUGUGUGGUGUAUGAUGACAGUGUGUCUGAUAUAUAUCUUGUCGUAACCUUAGGUAGUUCUCGGUCAAGUUGUUCCAUUGUUAUGGUCCGGUAAGGUGAAAGGUUCUAAGAUGGAAAACCUAUAUAUGGCAUGUCAUAUGAAAAGUUGAAUUUUGUUACUUGGUUAAAUAUUGGUCACUUACCAGUUAAUCUCAUUGUCUAAGAAUUUCUUUAUGAAUCAUACCUCAAUUAUAUAAUCUGAUGCUUCCAUACGAAUUAUAUUAUUUUUUCUCUUUUACAUCUUAUUCUGUAUAAGAAAAGCAGAAUGAAGCAGAAUCAAACUUUAUUCAAUAUGAAAUAAUCAUCCAUGAUUUCCUGUAAAUGUAUUUAUUUUAAUCUACUUAAAAUCGGCCACAGUACUUGCCGUAAAAACAAUAUACAGAAAGUUCUGCAAUAAGUACAAUCAAAAUUCAGCCUUUAAAUAUUUUUUUUAAGUUACAUUCCUUCUAAACUACAUGUAUUUUCAUUUCAAGUAAUCAUAAAAAAGUGUUAGAAAGAGAAAAUAAAUAAAAAAUGAAAACUUGCUUGGUAUCAUGUCGGUAGAUAAUUUCAGUACUUUUAUGAAAUCAAAUUUUACGAAGUGUUACCAACAUUGACUCUCCCUUACACAUGAACAUGGAACAAUUUGGCCGACUGGUUUAUUACAAGAAUUAUGAUAUUGAUAGAUUUAAUGUCUUACUAAUUGUCUAUUAUUUAAAAAAAAGUGUACGUUCUAGUGAUAUCUGAUCAGUGACGAUUGAUCAGAUAAGUUUAUCAUAUUCAUGAUUUAUUAUUUGUCAUAAUCAUGAUCAAUUUUAUGUCGAAAUCAUGAUUAAGAAAAUAUUGUAAUCAUGAUCGGUAAUAUCAAUCAUGAUUGGUAAUAUAUUAGUCAUGAUCGGUUGUCAUAAUCAUGAUCUGUUAUCGUAAUCAUGAUUGCUGAUAUACUGUAAACACGAUCGGUUAUUUUAAUCAUGAAUGGUAAUAUAAGAUAAUCAUUGUUAUGAUGCUACAGUGCUAUUGUUGCCGUGUUGAUUACUGAAACAUUUCAUUUUAGUCAAGACACUACAGUUGUGAUGAAACAGCAAAUUUCAAAAUGUUUUUGCACUGGCGAUAUUUUUACAUAUUUUGGUAUGGCUUUUCAAAAUUACUUGAUGGCAAAAUUAAAAAAAAAAAUUUUUGGCUAAAUAUUUUAGUGGUUAAGUAUUGCAAUUACCUAGGAAAAUCACAUCGAAUUGAAUUAGAUUUUUGAGAUAAAUACAAGGGAGAUAACUCUGUUUAAGUACUCCAGUUUUGUAACGAAUAUCAAACAUCUGUCCGUCCAAAACUUAUGGAGAGAUACAGUGGAUCUUACCAAUACUAUGUCUAUAUUAAACACUGUUCGUAUAUGUCUAAUGUUCAGAACCAGGAAGCAUGCUCUAAUUACCUGUCACAACGGGAAAUUAUUAAAUUCUAAAUUUUCUUAACUCAAAAAUGAAAAGAGAUUAUUUCAUAUAAUUUUACUGCAUUUGUUGCCUAAAUAUAUAGGUCCUAAUAACUAUUGGCAUCAGAAUUUCGUAUUGUGAAUAUUUUCCUGUAUUUUUUAUUAGUCAGUGAAUUCAUUGCAACAUAGAUAUAUGAACGAAUUAACAUUUUAAAAAGCAUCCAUCUGUACAGAAUUCUAGAGAUACUUGAGUCAUUAACAUGAGUGUUUGUUAUAAUUACAUCUGCUUAUGGUAGCUCCUGUUAUCUUAUCCUUUGCGUUGUUGUCCAGAGUAGGAAAAGCAUUGGUUCUAGUCCUCUUGUCUUGUGAUGAUUGUUAGAAAAUCUACUGUGGUUGCUCCAUGAACAAAUAUUGUAUACCAUAUCAGGUAAUGUGUAACGUAUACAUUUCAUGAAGAAAUCUAGCAAUUUCUUGUGAAAGUGUUUGAUGUUUGUGAUUUCACACAAAGUUUAACACAUUUUUUUGUCAAAGAUGUAAAAUUAAUGAUUAAUACUUCAGUCCUCACGUCUUUUCUAAUGUUCAGGUUAUUUUUUGUGUAUUUUAGUAUGUAAGACAAUGAAAACAUUUUUGAGAUUAAGAAAUUUUAACAAAUGGUCUGAAAAUGAAUUAUACUAUGGUACUUCAAUUGGAAAGUACUUGUGAAAGAAAUUGGUGGAUAGAGUGGGGAAAAACCCCUGUUAUCCAAUAUUUGAUGGAAUUUUAUGAUUUGGAGUAGCAAGAUCUAAUUAGAUUGAACUGUAUAACAUUAAAUGUCUGUGUGUACUUUGUUUGGAGCUUUCAUAUUAUUUUGUGGGUACAAACUAUGGUGGUUAGCCCAUGCAACAAUAAUAUAACAAUAAUAUUUGUUGUGUUUGCAUUCAUGGUUCCAUAACAAUCACAUAAACAAAGAAAGAUCAUACACAACAAAAACUUAAUGUUAUGCAGUAUGUUGAAAUUUAAAGUAGAAUUGAAAUCAAAAUCUAAUUAAAUGUUAUAGAGUAUAUUGAAAUUUUAAGUGGAAUUGAAAGUAAAAUCUUAUUAAUUGACUAAUGAUCAUGAAUAGCCUAGCUGUAAUUUGAAACCUCAUCACUCAGUUUUGGCAGUUAUUGUACAAACAAUUUUUAGUAAGCAGUUUAAAAAAAAUAAUUAAACAUAGGGUGUUUUGAAAAUGGGAUCCUUGUUAUAUGAAGCUUCAUGUGUUCCAAUUUUCAUGGAUACUGAGAAGAAUCUGGUUGAUUUGACACUUUUCUGUUUCUCAUUGUGUUUGAAUCGUGUAUUAAAUGUUGUAUGGAACAUAGAUACUACCCUGCCUGUAUAUAAACUGGGGUGAAAAAUUACCUUCGCAUCGUGUGCUAAGUUUGUGAUAUAUUCUCGUUGGCCGAGUAGAAUAGGCUUUAUCAGUUUUUAUGCUGUCUUUCCUUUUGUGACCAUUGGAUUGGACCAAUGCAAGUUUGGACCGAGUCCACUUUCUUUGUUUGGGGGUGUUUCAGUGAUUGCAUUAAUUGCAGGGCGAUCAAUAGAAUUCUAUCUGCAGAUAAUUCAAAUAUGAGCAAACAUAUUUUGAAAAUUAAAUGAUCUUUUCAUUAAAUAAUGAACAGAAAAUGUUAAAGAAAACUUCAGUAAUGAUGCUGAACUUUAAAAAUAAUAAAAUUUGAGUGUUGAUAAAUUUCAUAUUAAGUUGGUGCUGUAAUGGUCGAGUUCAAAUUUGUCUAAAGAAGAGAUGACAGUAAACAGAUGGGUUUUAUUUGGAUCGUGUCAGAUCGUGUCACUUUAGUACCGUCACAAGAGGGCCACUCAAUCUCGGAGUGAUAUAUAUAAACAUUAUAACUGAUGAAGUUUGCUUUUGUUCUCAUUACAAAAUUAUUUUUCCUGAGGUUUCAUUAAUUGAUAUUGUGAAGUUGUUGUCAUAAUAGCUAUGCACAAGUCUUUAUUUAUAUCAUAUAAAAUGAUCAGUCGUUAUUUUUUAAAGGGUAAACAGUCAUCUCAUAUACAGUGUAUAAUCAAAACUGAAAGCUGGAGCAAUCCACAAUCCUUCUGAAAGCUAUUGUAUCCCAACAUUCUAGUCAGCAAACUGGUACAGUACGUGUAUUUAUAAAACUGUGAUAUUGAGAUAAAUCAUUACAGACCUCUUGGGCCACUUUGCAUAAACAGGAUUCUAAAAAUAUCUUAAACUUUUAUCGGCUUUAGUUUUGAAUCAAUAUUUUACAGGAAGUUACAUAUUUUACAAUUUUUUUAAGGUAAGAGAUUACAAAAAUCAGCAAACAAACAUAUCCGGAUGUGUUCAUCCCGUUGCUUUUGGCCAGAUAAGCGUCAUUUGAGUAUCAAAUGGGUAUCAACAAUUUAUCAGGAACACACAUCUUUAUCUGGAAUUUUAUCACCAGUAUGGCAUAUAUUUUAAUUUCAAAUAAGUAUUUUAAUAGACAUAAAAAAAUGAUCUCAAAUGGGGGUUCUUUUCAAUGCAGUAUAUAAGUAGGAUAUAUUUGCUUCAAUUCCACUCUUAAUCAUGAUAGCAUCAACUAAGAAGCAAAGUAAAUCACUUGUAUAACUUAAGAGCAUCGUGACAAAUCAUCUACAGAAAUCUCAUUUGAAGUCUUCUGAAGACAAAAAGGAUUAAAUAACAAUUAAAUGCACUGCUUUUUACAUACAAUCGUUUGAUUAUAGUGUGUAUAUUGUUACAUUGUUACUGAUUGGCCGAUAGGACGCUGUAUUCUAUUGGUGGCUAUUUUUAGUGCACCAAUUAAUUGCAAAACGUGUUAUAUGCAGACUGUUACCACUGCAGCCUGAUAUUGCAAGUGUCUUGGUUUCUAUUGCGAAAUGUCCCCGAUGUGGACAUUACACAGCAGGUAUAUAUCAGUAUAUAUAUUAAAUAUAUGUUUAUCAUUGAGACGUUCUACAUGCAAUAGAAAUUUUGUUGACAUGAAAAAUAAAAAAAGUAUUGUCAUA